GGGCGUGGCCACGCUGCUUUUCUGGGCGCGCAGGCGCUCCGGGCACACGUGUGGUUCUGCUGAGUUUGGGGUGGCUCACCCCCAGCCUUCGCCCGGUCCCGCGGACCCGGAGCCUCUCCGCCGCUCCCGCCAUGGGCCCGGCCUCAGGCUCGGUGACCGCGCGCUACCUCGUGUACUUCCAGUACUUGGGCACGGACUUUAACGGGGUCGCGGCCGUCAGGGGCUCCCAGCGCGCAGUCGGCGUCCUCAACUACCUGGAGGAAGCUGCAAAGCGGCUGAAUUCGGUGGUGCCUGUCAGGUUCACGAUCUCCAGCCGCACAGAUGCGGGGGUUCACGCGCUGAGCAACGCGGCCCAUCUGGACGUCCAGCGCCGCUCAGGCCAGCCUCCUUUCUCCCCCGAAGUCCUGGCAGAGGCACUCAACGCCCACGUGAGGCACCCGGCCAUCCGUGUACUGCAAGCUUUCAGAGUACCCAGUGACUUCCAUGCCCGCCAUGCAGCCACAUCCAGGACCUACCUGUACCGCCUGGUCACGGGCUGCCACCGGCCUGACCAGCUGUCUGUGUUUGAACGAAACCGAUGCUGGCCACUGAGGGCAGACUGCUUGGAUGUGGAUGCCAUGCAGGAGGCUGCCCAGCACCUCCUGGGGACACAUGACUUCAGAGCCUUCCAGUCAGCUGGCAGCCCGACCACUAGCUCAGUGCGCACACUGCGCCGAGCCUCAGUGUCCCCUGACCCAGGCAGCCCCUUUGUCCUUGCCCAGGAGAAGAGGUUGCAUUUCUGGAACCUGGAGUUCGAGAGCCGGUCCUUCCUAUACAGACAGGUGCGGAGGAUGACAGCUGUGCUGGUGGCUGUGGGGCUAGGGGCCUUGAGGCCUGCUCAGGUGAAGGUGAUCCUGGAAAGCCGAGACCCCCUGGGUAGGCACCAGGCGCGUGUGGCCCCAGCCCAUGGCUUAUUCCUCAAGUCAGUGCUCUACGAGAACCUUGGUGGGAAUCCAGCCUGUGUUCAGCAGGAAAGUCAGGGCCCUGGAGGCAGAGAAACCCCAGAUUAACCAAAAAAUCCAGUUGGAGACCAGCAGCCCACAAGCAGGAGACUUGGAGUAAGGGUUUACCACAUGGAAGCCACAGAAAACCCCCAGAAGCCCCACUGAGGUCAGGGCAGCCAACACAGCCCAGCCACUGGACCCUGCCCAGCUCUGCAGGCAUGUGGGCCUCCUGCCCCCCACUGGCCUGCACCUGCCCAAAGGCCCCACAUGCCUGGGCACCUGCUAUGGGUGGACUGAAGGAAAAAGGUUUGAGCAUCAAGAAGGGAAUAUCCACACCGUCUUUGGUUCUGUUUUUACUGAAAAUUAGUACCUCAGGUGCAGCCACCCAUCUCAGGGGCUCAGGAACAGAAAUAAAAGGUCAUGAGGUC